CGGAGAAGUCAGCACAUUGGGCCAUAAACCGAGGUCAAUUUCCAAUCAGCGGAUGGUCGCCGUCGGACUUCGCUCGCGGCCCUCUGAGACCCUUUACCGGGGAAGAAAUCCGGAAAAGCCAUUGCUCGUAGGUCCACAUACCGCCUUAUCAAAACCCCUCCGCCGGGCCUCGUAAACCCCCCUUCCCUCCCCUCUCCUUCGCGAAACCUAAUCCAAAAAAUCCUUUUCCUCCCUCGAUUGCUAGCUGUUCCAGUCAAAAAAUAUUCUUCUCUUAAUGUUGUUGGAAGUGAUCGUUUUCUCGAUUCGCAGGGCUACAGAUAAAUUUUGGAGCUUUCAGUAACAGAAAUAUUGUCAGCUAGGGUUUCAUCUCCAGUGGAACGCAAACUAAUAGACAACGCUACGAGGAAAUUAUAUCGACAUAACUAGAGUGCUGAAGGGGAGAGCUAAAAAAAAGGGUGUUUUUGGUGUGCUUGUGCUACUAUGGAGUCGCUAUGGAGGCUUACAUACUUGCUGGAUCCUGCAUCCCUCGCUCUCAUGCUGACAGCAAUUUUUGUGACCUUUGCAUCGGCUUCCCGAGCUCUGGAUCAUGGCAAGGAGAUGGAGAGGAAUCUAGACUUCUCAGAGGCAUCCAUCACAUUAGACCGGUCCCAAGCACUCAUGAUCCCUCUAGCGAGCUCUUGCAGCCUUCUGUUAAUGUUCUAUCUUUUCUCGUCGGUGUCCCACCUUGUCACUGCCUUUACAGCCAUUGCCUCAGCCUCUGCGCUCUUCUUUUGUCUCUCCCCUUAUGCUGCCUACAUCAUUUCCCAGUUCAAUUUAAUGGACCCAUAUGUCUCCAGAUGCUGCUCCAAGUCUUGUACACGCAGCCAAGGAAUUCUAUUGCUGUUAUGUAUAGGAACUGUGGUGGCUUGGCUCGUUUCCGGGCAUUGGGUUCUGAACAAUUUAUUGGGCAUUGCCAUAUGUAUGACAUUUGUUAGCCAUGUACGGCUGCCAAACAUUAAGAUCUGCGCAUUGCUUCUUGUCUGCUUAUUUGUGUAUGAUAUUUUCUGGGUCUUCUUCUCGGAGAGGCUUUUUGGAGCGAAUGUUAUGGUCUCGGUUGCAACACAGAAGGCUUCUAACCCAAUCCACACUGUGGCCAAUAGCUUGAGCCUUCCGGGGUUGCAAUUGAUAGCAAAGAAGCUAGAGCUGCCUGUUAAGCUUGUCUUUCCGAGAAAUUUGAUGGGUGGGCUGAUUCCUGGGAGCACUGCUGGCGAGUACAUAAUGCUGGGCCUUGGAGACAUGGCCAUUCCUGGAAUGCUUCUUGCUUUGGUCCUCUGUUUUGACCAUCAGAAGCAUAGAGAAAUGGAUAUUUCAUCAGGCACAUCUUCCUCAAAACGGCAUAAAUACAUAUGGUAUGCACUUUCUGGUUAUGCAGUUGGGCUGAUCACUGCCUUGGCUGCUGGGAUCUUGAGUCAGUCUCCUCAACCUGCUCUUCUUUAUCUGGUUCCAUCAACUUUGGGGCCUGUUAUUUUCCUGUCAUGGUUAAGAAAUGAACUAAGGGAGCUGUGGGAAGGAGCCAGACCAAUUUCAAAUGACAAGGCUCAUUCAAUGGAGGUUUGAACUGCAUCGCCGUUCUCAUACUGCUGACCUCUUCUUCCAUAUAAUUUUAUUUAAACAGAUGUAACAUUCAUGCUCAAGAGCUAUUUAUGAAGGUCAUCAAUCUUCAUUGCCAUUUCUGCAUGCAAGAAUGAUGAAUCAAUGCCUAGUAAUGAACCUUCAUUUUAUCAGAACUUGCUGUGGUUGAAAAAAGCAUUUUGUAGGCACAUUCUAUCGA